AUGACCGCGCGCUCUGCCCUGAGGGUGCGGGAGCGUGGGAACCACCGAAGAUAUGGCCCCAGAAUGUGUUUCAAGACUGUAUCAUUCAAGGAUGUGGCUGUGAACUUAACUGAGGAAGAAUCGAGACAACUGCACCCUGUGCAGAGAGUCUUGUACAGGGAUGUAAUGCUGGAGAACCAUAGGAACCUGGUCUCCUUGGGAUUUCCGUUUUCUAAACCUGAUAUCAUCUCCCGGUUGGAACAAGCAGUAAAUCCGUGGACGCAGGAGGGAGAAGUACUAAGAAGGGGCUGUACACCCCUUACAGUACAUCAGAGAAUUCAUACUGGAGAGAAGCCAUAUGAAUGCAGUGAAUGUGGGAAAGCCUUUAAUCAUAGUGCCUCUCUCAUUCAACAUCAGAGAAUUCAUACUGGAGAGAUGCCCCAUGAAUGUCAUGAAUGCAGGAAGGCUUUUAUUCAGGUAACGCACUUUAUUCAACACCAGCGAAUUCAUGCUGGAGAGAAGCCUUACGAAUGUAACGAAUGUGGUAAAGCCUUCAGUCACAAUUCAUCCUGUAUUGAGCAUCAGUUUAUUCAUACUGGAGAGAAGCCCUAUGAAUGCAGCAAAUGUGGGAAGGCCUUUAGCCACAACUUGUCCCUUAUCAUCCGUCAGUUUAUUCACACUGGAGAGAAACCCUAUGAAUGUAGCGAAUGUGGCAAGGUCUUCAGCCAGAGCUCACACCUCUAUCAACAUCAGAGAACUCACACUGCAGAGAAACCUUACACCUGUAAUGUCUGUGGGAGACCCUUUAGUGAUCGAUCAGCCCUUAUUCGCCAUCAGAGAACUCAUACUGGAGAAAAACCCUACAAGUGUCGAGAAUGUGGUAAAGCGUUCAGUCAGAGCUCAACUCUCAUAAAACACACAAAAAUCCACACCGGAGAGAAACCUUACACCUGUAGAGAUUGUGGGAAAGCGUUCAGCCAGAGUUCAUCUCUUACUCAGCACCAGAAGAUUCAUACUGGAGAGAAACCGUUUGACUGCCCUCAUAGUGCCUCUCUCACUCUCACACUCUCUGAGUGUGGGAAAGCCUUCAGCAGAAGUGCCCAUCUUACUCAGCAUCAGAGGAUUCACACUGGAGAGAAACCCUGUGAGUGUAAUGAAUGUGGGAGAGCUUUCAGGUGUAGUUCGGCCCUCAUUAGGCAUCAGAGACUUCAUAGUGGAGAAUUGCUUCGAAUGUGUGGUCAUCCAGACUCUUUGCUUUGUUAA